AUGGGACUCCAGCCGCUUGAGUUUGCAGACUGUCUGACAGAUAGUCCAUUUUUCCGAACGAAAUUACUAGAACACGAGCGGGAAUUGGACUGUACCAGCAAGUUUAUAAAACAAUUGAUCCAUCACGGAAAAGAUGUCUAUAGUGCAGCUAAGCAGUUUUCAAAAGCUCAGAAACUUCUUGCGAAGGACCUGAUGGAGUUCAAGUUUGAGUGCAUUGGCAACCAGUUGACGGAUGAUGAAAUAUUUAUCUCUAAAUCCCUGAACGAGUUUGGCAAGUUCAUUGAGAAGAUUGAAGAUCACCGAGAUAUCCUGAUAAAAGCAGCUGAGGAUCAGUUUGUGAAGCCACUAGAAAAUUUCAGAAAAGAAAAUAUUGUAGCAGCCAAGGAAGAGAAAAAGAACUUUGACAAGCAAACAGCAAAGUUCUGCCAGUCUCAGGAAAGAUACCUCAAUAUGAAGACAUCCAAGAGCAACGACUCUGCCAUGCAGGAGGCUGACACCCAGGUGGAGUUUGAGAAAAAGGCUUUCUACACAGCUUCCAUGAAAUAUGUUCUGAAACUUCAGGAGGUGCAGGAGAAAAAAAAAUUUGAGUUUGUAGAAAUUCUGUUGAGCUACAUGCUGGGCUGGCUGACAUUUUAUCAUCAAGGCUAUGUAGAUCUGGAGGACUUCCGCAGUUACGACAGCACUUUACGACAGCUGCUGCAGAAGACAAGGGAAAGCUUUGAAUGUACAAAGGAUGAAGCCCAGAUACUGAUGAGCAAAAUGCUGAAUGAAAACAAAGGCUUGAAACCCCUUGACCAGUCAGGUACUCUGAAAGGAUUUACCAGGCAGGGAUACCUGUACUUGAUGGAAAAAAAGGCCCUAGGCACAACAGCUUGGACAAAAUAUUACUGCCAGUAUAAGAAGGAAACCAAGGAAUUCUAUUUGAUUCUGUACAACCAGAUGGGUGGAAAACUGAACGAGCCUGAGAAAUACACCCUGGAGAAAUGUGUCAGACGAGCCUCAGAUACAAUAGAAAGGCGGUUUUGUUUCGAUGUGACAUUGAAGGAAAAGUCAGUGCCCUUAACCUUCCAGGCUCUGUCAGAUGAAGACAGACGGCAGUGGCUCGAUGCAAUGGAUGGCAAGGAGCCGACAUACACAGUGCAUAAUGUUCGACCUGAAGAAUCAAUGCUUGAUGACAUUGGUUUCACCUUUAUACGCAAGUCUAUAGCUGCCAUUGAAAGUAGAGGUCUUCAAGAGCAGGGCUUGUACAGAGUGGUAGGGGUUAGCUCAAAGGUCAACAAUCUUCUCAAAAUUGCCUUAGAUCCGAAGAAAGCAGAAAAGUUAAGCUACGAUGACCCUUCUGUUUGGGAAACAAAAACAAUUACCAGUGCUGUAAAAAGUUAUCUUAGAUCACUGCCAGAACCUCUUAUGACUUUUCGUCUGCAUGAAAGUUUUAUUAGAGCUGCCA